AUGUCCAUUGAGAAAACCAAAUUUGAAGUAAGCGUUGAUGCAGAGGUCGGGUCCAUCAGCUCCCCAGAGGCUCAUGGUGAGACUGAUAAGCUUAGAGUGCAGUUCAGCACGCUUUCGUUGAUCAGUUUAGGGUUUGGAAUUGCAUGUACAUGGGCUGGAUAUGGUUCGUCGGUGGGAGCCACCUACCUUUAUGGAGGUGCACCGGCAGUGGUGUGGACCCUUCCUAUUGCUUGUUUGUAUUUAGGUCUGGUUGCUGUGGGGAUGGCAGAGCUAGCAUCGGCUUAUCCAUCUUCAGGGGGUCAGUACCAUUGGACUUAUAUGGUUUCCCCAGACAAUUGCAAGGUGUUCCUAUCCUAUCUGUGUGGAUGGAUGAUGACCGUGGCUUCCUGGUUUGCUGGAUGCUCUUUGUCGCAGAUCUGCGCAGGUUAUACGUUCAAUAUGGCUUCGGUGGGAAAUCCUGAUUUUGCUGCUACUCAAUGGCAACUUUAUCUUCUUUAUGUGCUGUACUACUUCAUGGCAACCGCGGUAAACGUCUUCGCAUCCAAGUGGCUGUCUCAUGUGAACAACGUGAUCAUGGCCUGCUCAAUCAUAGGCUUACUUGUCUCGUUCCUGGCCAUCCUGAUCUGCCACAAAGCUGGUUUCAGAUCCAAUGACUUUGUUUGGACCGACUAUGUCAACUCCACUGGUUGGAGUUCGGAUGGUUUGGCCUUCUUACUGGCUAUUGGAAAUGCUUGUUUCAGUCUUUUGGGUGCAGAUGGAGCAUCUCACUUGACAGAUGAGAUUGACCAGCCCGCUAAGAAAGUUCCAAUUGCAAUGAUUGUUCCGUCGUUCAUGGGCUUCAUCACUGCAUGGCCUUUCUGCAUAGCGUUCGCAUAUGUCACCAAAGAUCUUGCUUCGGUCAUGAACUCGAGCUUCCCAAUUACUGAAGUUUACUAUACUGCCACUGGAAAUGCCUCUCUAACCAUUUUCAUCGCGUUCAUGAACAUGAUCUCCAUGUUUGGGGGACUCAUAGGUUCCCUCCAGGCAUUUUCAAGGUCUACUGCUGCUCUAGCAAGAGACGGAGGAAUGCCUUUCCCGCAUUUCUUUGGAAGGGUAAACUCAACUUGGAGAGUUCCAAUCAACGCAAUGUUUCUAGAAGGUGCCUUCGUUGUUCUAUACGGUCUUGCUCAGUUGGGCUCCUCUGUCGCCUUCUCUGCAGCCGUGAACUCCCUGUGUCUUUUCCUGAUGAUCUCGUACUGCUUUCCACAGGCGAUUUUGCUCGUCAGAGGAAGAAGUAUUCUUCCUGAAAGAUACCUGGAUCUCGGAUUUUAUUUCGGAUACUUUGUGAACGCCACUUCGGUGGUUCUCACAGCCUUAUUUGGAGUCUUGUUCUGCUAUCCCUCUUACAAGGACAUCACUCUCCAGAACAUGAACUGGGUUUCUGUUACGGCUGUCGGAGUGAUAGUCAUUCUUAUGGUAGGGUGGUUUUGCGGCUUGAAUAAGACAUUCAAAGGACCUGCUGUCGACCUUGAAAAAAUCAAGUUUCUCCGCGAGGAAGGUGUGCUUUUAAAAUAG